CUAACUGAUAAUGAAGUAAUUUGUUAUUUUUGGGUAAUAAAAAUAGACCCAAGUGAUUUGUGGUCUAUAAAUAAAAAGCAUUAUGUAUAUGUUAUAACAAAUGCCUGCAGGGGGCGAUAGUGGACUCGUCUUGCGGACUCUAUCUUCACUUUCACUUUAGACUGAGAGAAACGCUUAUUUUUAGCCAAACAAUGUUUAAAUCCAUUUGAAUAUUUAAUAUACGUCCAUUUCUUUACAAUAGAAAUGAUACAGCUACUACCAUUUUUGAGCAAGAACAUGCAGACAUUAAAUCAUGUAAACUCUGUGAUGAGGGUGAGAGGUGCACAAACACGCAGGAGAGAGUGAGCGAGUGGAGUCCGGUUCUUCAAAGCAACUAAAAAGUAAACUUCCCUCACCACAACGUAAGGCCCGCCUCUCCCCUCAUUCGAUUGGUGCCUCGAAAGAAGCGAAUGACGUCGGACGCUUCUCCGCUCUCAGCUUUCCUUCAAAGGCGCUUGCUGCGGCCGGCGGCAAAAACCGCAAGGCGCUCAGCGCGCAUAAACAGCGCGGAAACGCUCCCUGCACAUAGAAUAUUAUUUAAAAAAGCCGCCUGCAACUGCCAUAAACGCUUGUGGUGUUACUGGCCUCUAAAAGGGUCAAACAGAAAGCUGCAUCCUCCGGAGGUCGCAUAUGCAGGCUGCAUACGUCAUCAAGGUUUAUUUCAGAUCAUUAAAGCUAUGGUCUACGAUUUCAAAGAUUGUUUAUUAUUAAUAACCUCGUUUAGAUGCUGGUUAUGGUUCUACAGUAAAAUCCUAACAAUAUGAAGAGAAAAAAGAAUAAAAAAAAUCCAUUCUGUCUUUUGGGUGUACGACGGCAGAUAAGUUGACCAAUGUAAACUGUCCGGCCGUACAGCUUACAUUGGUUAACUGCUCUCAUCAAAUCCCCAUACACUUGAAAAUCCACCUCGCUCUCGCGUCUCCACCCCAUCGCACACCACAUCGCCCCUCUCCUGCCUGCGACAUGAAAUUUGUGUCAGUGUAUGUUAGCUAGCGAAGCAGCAACAUCUCACUUCACUUAUGGAUAAAAAACUAACCGAGAGCAGCAAGCGGCCCCUGCUUGCCCCUACACCAAAGAUUGGACGAAAAAGGAAGUCUAUAGAGGAAAGAGCAGAGGUUGUGAAUGUGAAGAUAUAGGGUCCGCCAUUGACCGUUGGAGGAAGCUUCAGGGAGAUUUGGGGCUGAAAACCGACGCCGACACGGCAAACUUGUUGUUGAACAGGUAAGAAUUUACUUAUACUUUUGUAGUGUUUGUGAUGUUACAUAAAUAUAUUUUUGUCAGUCUGGCAACGUGCUCAUGCUGCCGGUCGGCAUUGGAAUGUUACCCGUUUAGCAUCGCGUAUCGCGGGUCUAAGUAAUUAUAUUUACAAAGAUUGUGUGAGGUGUUACAUAAUUAUCUUUUUAUUAGUCUGACCACAUGCUCAUGCUGCCAGUCGGCAUUUGAAUGUUAGCCGUUUAGCAUCGCGUAUCACGGGUCAAAGUAAUUACGUUAUAUUUACAAAGUCAUUUCUUGAAGUGCUUGAAUAUAUUUCAAUAGGCCUAACGUUAGCGGUUUUCUGUUCGAGCCGAUCGGAAUUUGAACAAGAUGCGCUGUGUACUGCUAUAACAAUUACUCAAAACCUUAGCAAUACUAACUAAUAAUUAGUGCAAUUAGUAUAAUUUUGCAAUUAAUGUGCGCUAGGUAGCACUUUUGACCAGGGUAAACGAGGCUUAGGAGGGGAAACGUAUGCCAAACUUUGUUGUGAAAGUAAAUGACGUCAAUCAGUCAUAUUUGUAAGCGUGCAUUCCUUCAAAGCUUUAUGUGUUUACUGCUUUCAGCUAUGAGAGAGGACCAGUUUCAUCUACUCCAAUGAAGAUGGGAUUCAAAGCCCCACUACCUCCAGCAGCUUCAACCAUUUUUUCUUCAGAUACAGACCGUGCUGGUGAAUUCUCAGAUGAAGAUAUUCAUGAUCUGGCUGUUAUCAAUCUCCAGGGCACAUCAGACAUUCAGACGGUUGAGAGUGUUGUAACCCCAGGUCCAUCUGGUGAUAUAGAUGAGAAGGAAUUCAACGACAUUCAUAAUUCCAUGAUUGAAUGGGACAGUGAUGAUGACACCUGGACUCCAGACAUGGACUUUGAGUCGGUUUCAUCAUCAGAUGAUGAAGAUUCUGAGGAUGUUGAUGAGAUUGGGGAUGAAGAUGUGGAUCCAGACUACAGGCCAACCAUUCGUGUGAAGACGGGCGGUGCUCUAAAGUCCAAAUUAUCGAUGGACUCUGUACAAGUCGUUUCCAUGGAAGAAACCGUGCAUGACGAACCAAACAAGGACUCUGAUGCACAGACAGACAUGCCCAAUGAUUCUUUGAGAGUCGUUGCAGUAGAAGAUUUACUGGAAAAUUCAGGAAGCAUUGUGUAUCACAGUAGUCUUCAACAACUCAUGCAAAACAUGCAUCUGGCUGUCAAUGUAUGUCCACAUAAAGACAGUCACAAUAAACAGGAGUGUAAGGCACCGGGUCCCUUUCAAGUAAAUAUCAGGUCCAGAGGAACGGCGGCUGUAAUGGAGUGGGUAUGUCCUCACGGGCACCUUGUGUGAAAAUGGGUGUCACAGCCACAGUUUAAACACGGGAUGCUGGCUGGUGACUACAUGCUCGCUAUAAAUAUCCUUCUUUCCGGAAACAAUUACCGGAAGAUCUCCCUG